GGCAAAUCGGAUUCCAUCUCACCCAAAUAUUCUAUUUGAUUCAAAAUGUACCCAUUCGCUAACCCCACUGGCUUAUUAAUGCUAAUCACAUUUGUCAACGUCUCCACCCUAUAUAAACUCUCAUCACUCUUCUUCCUCACCAUCAACACCAAACAUUAAUUACUUUCUUAAUUCAACAAAAUUAAAUGGCCGGCAUUGAAGGUUCUCCCGGCAGCUCGAUGCACGGGGUCACCGGCAGGGAGCCCGUGCACGCCUUCUCCGUGGCGUCCCCGAUUGUUCCGACGGACACCACGGCGAAGUUCGAUCUGCCGGUGGACUCGGAGCACAAGGCGAAGCAAUUCAAGCUGUUCUCGUUCGCGGCUCCUCACAUGAGGACGUUCCAUCUCUCGUGGAUCUCCUUCUUCACCUGCUUCGUGUCGACGUUCGCGGCGGCGCCGCUGGUGCCGAUCAUCCGAGACAACCUGAACCUGACGAAGAGCGACAUCGGGAAUGCCGGGGUGGCGUCGGUGUCGGGGAGUAUCUUCUCGAGGCUGGUGAUGGGGGCGGUGUGCGACCUGCUGGGCCCGCGCUACGGCUGCGCGUUUCUCGUGAUGCUCUCGGCGCCCACCGUCUUCUGCAUGUCCUUCGUGUCGUCGGCGGGGGGCUACGUGGCGGUGCGCUUCAUGAUCGGCUUCUCGCUCGCGACGUUCGUGUCGUGCCAGUACUGGAUGAGCACCAUGUUCAACAGCAAGAUCAUCGGCACCGUCAACGGCACCGCCGCCGGCUGGGGGAACAUGGGCGGCGGCGCCACUCAGCUCAUCAUGCCCGUGCUCUACGACAUCAUCAGGAACGCGGGGUCCACCCCCUUCACCGCGUGGAGGAUCGCCUUCUUCAUCCCGGGGUGGCUCCACGUCAUCAUGGGGAUCCUCGUCAUGACUUUAGGGCAGGACCUGCCCGACGGCAACCUCAGCGCCCUCCAGGAGAAGGGCGAAGUCGCCAAGGACCAAUUUGGCAGGGUGCUGUGGUACGCGGUCACCAACUACAGGACAUGGAUCUUCGUGCUGCUCUACGGCUACUCCAUGGGAGUCGAGCUGUCGACGGACAACGUCAUCGCGGAGUACUUUUACGACAGAUUCGACCUGAAGCUCCAUCUCGCCGGAAUCAUCGCAGCCACAUUCGGGAUGGCCAACCUCCUCGCCCGCCCCUUCGGGGGAUUUGCUUCCGAUUACUCGGCCAAAUAUUUCGGAAUGAGGGGAAGGCUGUGGACGCUGUGGAUCCUCCAGACCACGGGCGGCGUCUUCUGCCUUCUCCUGGGGAGGGCCGAUUCGCUUCCCAUAGCCGUCGCGUUCAUGAUCAUCUUCUCCAUCGGAGCUCAGGCGGCGUGCGGAGCCACCUUCGGGGUGAUCCCCUUCGUCUCCCGGAGAUCACUGGGAGUGAUCUCCGGGCUGGCCGGGGCGGGAGGGAACUUCGGGUCGGGACUGACGCAGCUGCUCUUCUUCUCGACGUCGAAAUACACGACGGAGAUGGGGUUGGAGUAUAUGGGGAUAAUGAUAAUAUGCUGCACGCUGCCGGUGAUGUUGGUGCAUUUCCCGCAGUGGGGGAGUAUGUUUUUCCCUCCCAACAAGAAGGCCUCAGAGGAGCAUUACUACACCUCUGAGUACAACGAGGAGGAGGUGCAGAAGGGUAUGCACCACAAGAGCCUCAAGUUCGCCGAGAACAGCCGCUCCGAGCGCGGCAACCGCAUCGCCUCCGCCGCCACCCCGCCCAACGCGACGCCCAACUAUGUGUGAUGCGGCUUGAGUUGAAUGCAUGAGGAUACAUAUAUAUAUGUAUUAAUUUCUCUGGUUAAUUUGCCUGUUUUUAGUGGAACAAACGAUGUAUGAACCAACUAGGGUUGUUUCUUCAUUAAUGAAUUUUCCUGGAUGUUUAUUGCAAAUAUUAGUUAGUUGCUCUGUGUGUUACUGUAACGUUACAAAAGAAAAAAUAUAUUGCCUAUGUAUUUUUCGUAUGUGAACAAAAUUAAGAUUAAAAAAUUCAAUGGAAGAGAAAUCACACCCUAAUUCUCUACGUGGUGGGCUAGUGAUUGAUUUUGUACUUUAUUCA